CCGGAGUUUUCUAUAUUUUCUUGGGGUGAUUUUAUUUGGUUUUACAUUGUUUUCAUCAUUCUUUGUAGGAAGAGGGUAAAAUUAAAGAAAUCAAAAGUAAAUAGGAUGAAAUGACAAAAGCUGAAAAGAUGAGAGCCGUGGGGGUCGGUGGAGUGAAGACAAGAGGCAGUCGGCCGAAAGAAAAGCGUCUUGGAGGCAGAACUCUCAAGGCGUGGUUGAGGCCGAACAAAGCGAGAUCCCUGUGCGACCGACGGCGGAAACAAAGGCGGAUAGAGGAAAGCGCAACAGUGGGAGUCCAAAAGUAGUUUUAGUGUACCAAGAAAAA